GAACCUCAGGCGUCAUGGUCAGAAUGAGAUUUAUUGGCUGUGUGCUGGCUGUGCUGACUUUUGUUCAUAUAUUAUUAUUAUUGUUACUACAUCAGCAAAAAGUAAAGCAUAUACGAAAAAAAGAGAAAGUCCAUCUGCUGAUUAUUUCUACAUGGAGGUCAGGUUCAUCUCUGGUUGGUCAGUUUUUUAGCCAGCACCCCGAUGUCUUCUACCUGAUGGAGCCAGCUUGGCACGUAUGGAAGUCUAAGCCUUACUCCAGUGCACAUGAUCUUCACGUGCCAGUGAUUGAAUUAAUCCGAUCGAUCUUCAAAUGUGACAUGUCUGCGUUUGACACCUACGUGACAAAUAUGAAUGUUUCUGACCUUUUUCUGUGGUACAAUAAUAGAGCCUUGUGUACACCACCAGCAUGCAAUUAUCUUUCUCGUGAUAAAUACGUUAAUGUGACAGCAUGUAAACAACUUUGUGGAAAUGAUUCAAUUAGUAAAACGGAAGACGCCUGCAACAGGUACAGUCACAUUGUUGUAAAGGAGGUUCGAAUUUUUGACCUCAGUGUGAUCUAUCCUCUUCUAAAAGACCCUUCAUUAAACCUCAAGGUUCUUCAUUUAGUACGUGACCCGCGGGCUGUCGCAAAGUCCCGCAAUCAAACCUUUAGAGCACUAGCUGUUGACAACGGCCAUGUCCUCAACACGAAAGGAAGAAAAAUAAACGAUACGCAAUUCCUUGUAUUACGAGAAAUCUGCCAAAGUCAUGCUAACAUGUACAAGAUGGCUACCAAAGACCCGCCUACAUUUCUCAAUGGAAGAUAUAUGAUGGUUAGAUAUGAGGACUUGGUACAAGAUCCUUUAGGAAAAGUACAAGAGAUGUAUAAGUUUGUAAAUUUAGAAAUGACUGAACAGGUAAGUGAAUGGAUUUCUAAUGUUACACAUGGUCAAGGACUACCUACCCGAAAGGAAGCCUUUGAGAUCACCUCGCGGGAUGCGUUAAAUGUCUCCCAAGCUUGGAGGACCAUGCUACCAUUUCAGAAAGUCUUACAAAUACAGGAUGUAUGCAAGGAUGCAAUGAAUGCAUUUCAGUAUCAGUUCAUGAAAUCUGAGUCACAACAAAGGGAUUUGUCGUUGGAUUCCAUCUUGCCAAGGACAAAGCAUUAAGCCUCGUUCACACGAUCGGACUUUCAGCAAACGUUUCCGUGGAUUUUGGUCUAAA